CCGCCUAGGGGCGGUCCCGGGGGCUUCCUCUCUGCGGAGCCUAGGGUGCUACUACACAGCUUCGGACCUGGCUGGUACAGGAGACCCCGUGUGGUCUGAGAAAACGCCACUGCCUGGAGGCUGCAGCCUUAACCCCCAGCUGAGCGCCGAGCACCCUGCAGCCUGGCGGGGCUAACCUUGGAUCCUGCCUUCAGCAAGAGCUCACUUUGAAUCCCAGCCGACCCCACUCAGACCCUGCCCACUGGAUGGAGCUGAUCCUGAGGCCCAGCCCAACCAAGCCGCUCCCGCACCCCGCAUGCCUCCCAGAGUGGACUGUGGACCCCUCAAGUCAACCAGAGCUGUCGCCAAGCCUCAGGCUAGCUGAGCUGACCCCAAGUCCUGCGUGCCCUCCAGAGAUGCCCCUCAGACCUGGGGCCACUGAGAUGCUUCCAGAGCCUGCACACCAGCUGGAGGGGCCCCCCAGGCCCAGGCCCAGCCUGGCUGAGCUGACCCUGGAGCCUGUGCACCGGAGGCCUGAGCUGCUGGAGGCCUGCGCCGACCUCAUCAACGAGCAGUGGCCUCGCAGUCGGGCCUCCCGCCUCCACUCCCUCGGCCAGUCCUCAGAUGCCUUCCCACUCUGCCUAAUGCUGCUGAGCCCCCGCUCCAUGCCCGGGGUGGCCCCCACUGUGGUGGGCCAUGCCCGCCUGUCCCGGGUAUUGGGCCAGCCCCAGAGUCUCCUUGUGGAGACAGUGGUGGUGGCCCGGGCACUGAGGGGCCGAGGCUUCGGCCGCUGCCUCAUGGAGGGCCUGGAGGGGUUUGCCAAGGCCCACGGCUUCUGCCGGCUGCACCUCACUACCCACGAUCAGCUCCACUUUUACGCCCACCUGGGCUACCAGCUGAGUGAGCCUGUGCAGGGCCUGGUUUUCACCAGCCGAAGGCUGCCCACCGCCCUGCUCAGUGCCUUACCCAGGGCCUCCCAUCCCCAGCCGCCCUUCAAGGCCCCCAGCCUGACUCUAGGAGCCCCAAAGGGGCCCCCAUUGCCACCACCCCCUCCGCUGCCAGAGCCUCUGCCCAUCCAGCCCCCAGCAGGCACCCCUCCACAAAGUCUGUUAGAGACACAGUACUGGGACCUGAGGGGCUCCCCCAUCUUCUGGAUGGAGAAGGUCCUCUGAGGGCCACUUGGGACGAGGCACUGUCCUCCUGGACCCAUGGCCUGCCCAGGACAGUGCCAGCCCCUAGACCAUGGUGAUGGAGCUAGCCUGUCCAUAUUUCCUGAGUGCCAGUGGGGCCACGAGGUGCCUUUAGGCCCUGGCUCAGAGCCAUCAGUGGGACUGAAUAAAGGCUUCUAUUGGGUGUA